CUCAAAUCCCUCCUCCACCUGAAAACAUUUUCUCUCACUUUUUCGAGAAAAAAAAAAAUCAGAACUUUCAGAGUUAUUUUGACUUCGAACGUGGAAAAAAUGGCCGGAAGUCUUGUAAAAUGCAGCAAGAUCCGUCACAUUGUGAGACUCAGACAAAUGCUCCGGCGAUGGCGUAACAAAGCUCGGUUAUCUUCGGUCAGCCGUUGUGUACCGUCGGAUGUUCCAUCUGGACACGUGGCAGUUUGUGUGGGUAGCGGUUGCAGGAGAUUUGUGGUGCGUGCGUCGUACCUGAACCAUCCGAUCAUAAGCAAUCUUCUGGUUCAAGCUGAGGAAGAGUUCGGUUUCGUUAACCAAGGACCGUUGGUUAUUCCUUGUGAAGAAUCGGUUUUCGAAGAAGCGAUUCGGUUUAUUUCUCGGUCUGAUUCGUCUCGGUCAAGCCGGUUUACUUGUCCUGAUGAUCUUCAGAAAUGUAACGGAGGAAUCAAAAUCAAAAGCAAGCUGGAUCUGUUGAUUGAAUCUCGACCGUUGCUUCACGGCGUCGCCGAGAAAGCCAUCUGGUGAUCCGACGGUGAAGAUUGUUGUCGGUUCUUAAGAUUCUGACCCGGUUUGGUUUGACUCGGAACGAGUUUAAUCAACAUGGAAGGAAGUACAGAAGAAGGCGAGUUUUUGAAUAAAUCGUCAUUGACUCG